AUGGAUAUGGACAUGGAUAUGGAUAUGGGACAUGACCAUCAUGGCGAUUCUAUGCCGAUGGCAUCAGGCUCUAUGGCUAUGGACAUGGGAGGCAUGAAUAUGUCCUUCUUCAGUAGCACGACAACUAGUCUCUACACUAAGAUGUUUGCGCCGAGUAGUGUUGCUGCCUACGCAGGCAUGUGUCUAUUCCUCAUUUUCCUCGCCAUCUUUUCGCGCGGCCUCAUCGCCUUCAGGGCUUGGCGGGAAUCCGUAUGGCUAGAUGCCGACCGCAGACGUCGCUAUGUCACCGUGGCUGGUAAAAUGACACAGUCAGAAACCAUGGCAUCAGACUCGGACGCCCGCAAAAUGGUGCUGUCAGAAAAUGGCCUUGAGGAGAAUGUUGUAAUGGUGGAAAAGCGUCACGUAGGAGUCCGACCGUGGCGCAUUUCCGUCGACCCUAUUCGUGCCAUACUGGAUACCAUUAUCACUGCCGUCGGAUUCUUACUGCAAUAUGUUAGCUGUUAUGUCCAUGAAUAUUGGUUACUUUAUCUCGAUUCUAGCGGGCACCUUCUUGGGGAGCAUCACUCUGGGCCGCUUCGGCAGUUUGUCGCAUUAAUUAUUGGAGUUCAAAGGACAUUAUACAUAGCUAUUCCGUGUUCAAAGCUGCAGUGCAGAAGAUUACAGACAUAG